UCACUCAGAGAAUCGAAUCUUUGUGUGGCCUAAGAAGAAGAGGGCGAUUCAUUUGAAGCUCUAAGAUGAUGUUGAGGACACAGAGAUGGAAUCUUCUUACUACUUUGAGAUUGGUUCAUCUCCGUUCAACUGAGACAGGUACUCUGUGAGAAAUGAUUUCUUCCAAAGCUCAUAAGAUUUCUUCUGCUUGCAAGGCUUCUCUGGUCUCAGCAGCUAUCGAAAUCUCUCUUACAAAGAGAAAUUGAGAAGUGGACUCUUCAGUAUAAAGAAGGAUGAUGCUGUUGCUCUCUUUCAGUCCAUGAUUCUGUCUCGUCCUUUUCCUACGGUCAUUGAUUUCAACAGAUUGUUUAGUGGCAUUGCCAGGACAAAACAGUAUGAUCUAGUGCUAGCUCUCUGCAACCAAAUGGAAUUGAAUGGGAUUUCACAUGACCUCUACACGCUGAGUAUUGUCAUCAAUUGCUUCUGUCGGUGUCGUAAACUCGGUUUUGCUUUUUCUGCUAUGGGAAAGAUCUUCAAACUUGGGUAUGAGCCUAACACAGUCACAUUUAACACCCUCCUCAAUGGCUUAUGUCUCGAGGGCAGAGUCUUUGAAGCUGUGGAGUUAGUUGAUUGUAUGGUCCUAAGCCAACAUGUACCAGAUCUCAUCACCCUCAACACUCUUGUCAAUGGGCUUUGUCUCCAAGAUGGACUCUCUGAAGCAAUGUCUUUGAUUGAUCGAAUGGUGGACUCCGUAUACCCUCUAUCCCCCUAAAAACUCUAUGUUUAUCCCUUUAUUAUAAUAUAAUUUUUUUUUCAAUUUUUUUUAAAUAGAAAAAGUGGCUAAAAACGGAUUGUCCAUAUCAUAAAUUAGAUAUUUACAAGAUUCAACCGGAAAGAUCCGACCCACACAUAACAAACCCUAAAACCCGACCCAGCUAAACCAAAACGAUAUCGUUUUGGUUUACUCAACUCAUUCCCUUCUCCAAAUGUCGUUCCUUUCGUCGUCUCUCCCCUCUCGACACUCUCUAUUGCGAAAUCGGAGAUUGAAACCCUAGAGUAUCCAUCUUCGUUCUUCCUUGUUCAUUCUCCAUCUAAUUCGAAAAUCCAUCUUUGUUCUUCCUUGUUCGUUUGUGUCUCAACUAUCUCUUUGUCUCUCUUGUCUGAAACCCUAAAGUCUAGACCGCUUCGUUUCUUCUUCCUUCUUUGUCGAAAUCGAGGCUCCAUCUUCGUUCCUUGUGGUAAGUGAUUAGUUUCCCUUUAUUUGGUUGUUAUUUGGUCGAAUUUGUAUGUAGAUUUGAAAACAAAUUUGGGGAAAACUUUGAAUGUGUCUUAUGUUUAGAUAUUGGCUUUGAAAUUGGAUAAGAACUUGGUAAAUCUAUUGUUUAGGUAUAUAUUACAUCGAAUCUGUAUGUAGACUGAUGCGUUUUUUUGUGUGUUUCCGAUUUGAGUGAUAAAUUGUAUUUAAUUUUUGUUAAUAAAAUUGUAUUGGAGAAACUUAGUUGAUGUUGUGUUGUUGUUUUGCGGUUUGAAUUUAGUUUCAUUGAGUGUUGUAAUGUAGGAAGUUAUGAAAGGAAAUCAAAAGGGAGUCCCCAAUGAAAGGCGUCGUCAAUCUCUUAGAAUCCAAAAACCGGACUCAAUUGCAAAAAAGCCGGAACCGAGAGUUCACAAGAGCAGUAAGAAGAGUAGGCCAGUGAGAGAGCCAGUGAGAGCACUGAGUGUAGAAUCGCUCUCAGCCUCAGAUGAAUCCGAAAGGGAGGGGUCCGAAAGAGAGGAAAUGCAACCAAUGCAACCCCUUGAGUUCCACUUCAAAAGCAGUGAGUUCCCCAAGAGUUCCAAGAUACAAACUAAGUGUUUUGUGACCAAAACAGUAAAGCUCAUCAAGAGUAAGCCUGAGGCUGAAUGGUUCACAAGCCAUCCUCAGUUUCGACAUUUCUUCCACAUGCCAGACGAAGAUAACCUGAAGCUCACGGGGAUGUGGAUGUUACUCCUGCGCACCAUUUGUACUCCAGAAGAUGAUGUUGCAUGGUUUGCGGUUAAUGGUGUAACCAUCCGCUAUUCUAUGAGGGAGCAUGCCCUCAUUUCUGGCUUAGACUGCGGUGAUUAUCCACCAAACUACGAGAAGUUGGGGGUUAUAAGUUUGUGGAUUAUUACUUCCAUGACAGAAAGAAGAUCACCAUCAGCGAUGUAAAGCAGAAGAUGUUGUCUAUGCCACCUUGUCCAGAUAGAUUGAAGAUGACUGUCUUGUUUUUUCUUAGUCGGGUUAUCAGAGGAAAGCCGAAGGAUUCUGGACAUUUAGACCUCUUCAUAUUAAGGAUGAUGGAUGAGUGAAGCGUGAUAUUCAGUCAUACAACAUAAUGUUGUCAGGAUUAUGUAAGAGGAGCUCAUUGUCUGAAGCGGAUGCAUUGUUUAGAAAAAUGAAGGAAGAUGGGUAUGAGCCAGAUGGUUGUACGUACAAUACACUUAUUAGAGCACAUCUUCGAGGUAGUGACAUAACAACUUCAGUUCAACUCAUUGAAGAAAUGAAGAGGUGUGGGUUCUCUUCAGAUGCUUCCACCAUAAAGAUUGUUAUGGAUAUGCUAUCAAGUGGUGAAUUGGACAAAAGCUUUCUAAAUAUGCUUUAUGAUCCUUUUGGAGACAAAUCAUCAUCGUUGGAUUGAAAUAAAUCUUCUUGGAAGACGCUGGUGAGCCUUGUCGGAAGGGAGAUGUGCACUUGCUAAUUAAUAUGUCUUCUUAGAAUGUUUGGAUCUUAUCCGCAAGAGACAAAGUCCCGGUUAAUGGUUUCUGAGGUACUUGGGCUUAAUAGUAUAAAAUUAAGUUUGUUUGCUUACAUCUAAAUAAAUCUUGAUGUCUUUUCCGUUUUAUAUUGCUUUCUUUCUUUCUGUUUUGUCAUUGGUUCAUUUUCAAUGUACAAUGUUUGUCAUCUUCGUUUGAGCAUAUGUGUAUUGACAAAUGCUCAAGCUUGAUAAGCAGUAACACUUUUGGCACUUAUUCCGUCUUAAAGUUUCAGGUGAUGAGAGAUAUGCAAUGUGUUACUAUGAUCUGUUCAGACAUUAAUUACAACUAGUUUGGUUGUGCAUGUCUUCAUGGUUGAACUUUGGGAAUUAAUUUCUAGUUGUGAAAGUCUAAGAGAAGUUAAUUGUGAACAGUUAGUUUAUCUUCUCGUGUGAUUGAAUCUUGUUUUCUUCUCUCUAAUAGAUUUAUCAAAAUGUAUAGAAUCAUUGCUGAUUGUGAUCGUCCAACAGGAGGCUGGGAAGGAAAAAGGGACGGUGGUUACAGCGUGUGGUGAAGAAAAGGCAGAAACAAUUGCUUUGCCUUUUUUUUUUUGAACUGUGAGUUUGGUGAUGGAUCGAUCACUUGUUGUCACUCGGAUGAUAGUUAUAAUCGAUUCCCAGUUGUAGAUCGAUUGUGUAUUACGGGGUUUUGUGGGCGUUUGAAGACAGGUUUGAGAUGUUCUAAAGUA